UUCUCUAUGGUUAGAGAGUGCUUUGCUUCUAUCUAAAGUUUAUCGACUCGACAUAUUAGUUUACAAAUAUAAUAAUUUAUUAUUAAAGUUAAGCUUUUGCUUUCCUAAAAAGAAAUAUAUUCUUAUAUUCAGUUUCAAAUAUUAUAUUCGCAAUCUAUGCAAAAACAAUUUGGAUAAACCUUGAGUGUUGAAACCCAGAAGGGGCUAACAGUUUGUAGUUUGCAAAUGACGCAUCAUACUCGAUAUACGGUUAUAUUCAUAAAAGUAAUAUUCAGCUUGUGAGUACGACAUAUUUUUUUCAUUGAAUAUUGUAAGCACAUGAAUAAUGGAGGUAUCGAACGAAAAUACAUCUGAGAAGGUUUUGGCUGAAUCAGAAACUAAUGGCGAAAAGACAACAUCAGAAAAUGAAGAAACAAUAAGUGAGGAUGUAGUUGAACCAGAAAUAGUUGAUGAAACGCCGGUAACCGAAAAGCCUGAAACAGAAGAAAAAAAUGAUUCCAAUGAUAAAGUGGACGAAAAUAGCACUGCAAGUGAAGUGCAGGACCAGACAGAUGAUUCUGAAAAUAAACCUGAAAAAAAAAAUCUUAAGAGGAAAAUCAGUGAAGUUCUCAAGGAAGUGAAAAAUGAUGAAAACAAUCUGGACGAAACAGUUGAUCCACCCAAGGACAUUGUUGAAAAUGAAAAUCCUCAGAAAAAAAUUAAAAAAUCAGAAGAGAAAGAUCCUUUAAUUAAUUUGCCUGUUAAUGAUGUAUUUGGUAAAGGAAAACGAGCAAGAAUUCCCAAUAAACGCUAUAGUGAUAUAGCCAUUUCACCCUCUGUAAAAACGUCUAAAUCUCAUAUUGAGAAUGGGGAAAGAGAGAAGGCAGCACCAAUUGAGCGAAUAGAACCUGAAUUAUUGGAUACAAGUAGCCCAUUACCCAAACGAGUGAAAACUAGCUCGUUAGAUUUAGGAAACCCAAAUUUCCUUAAACCAUUCAAAUUAGGUUGGAAACGUGAAUUAGUAUGGAGAGCUAUUGGUGGAGAUAUUGGGGGAAAGAGAAACGGUGAUAUUUAUUAUUAUUCACCAGAAGGUAAAAAACUAAGAUCUAUGAGAGAGGUUGCUGAACAUUUGAAUGCCACUACUAAAGAGCUAUCCAUUGAGGAUUUCACAUUCUUCAAAGAGCCACUUGGUCUUAAUGAUCCAGAAAAAGAAGUUAUCAGAGAUGCAAAAGUCAAGUCUGGGGGUGCAAAUACUUUAUCAGCAAAAAAGGUUGCAGCAUUGAAGCAAAAAAAAAUUGCAAGUCCGAAAAUUGCUAGCCCAAAAGUAUUGAGUCCCAAACUUGAGUCAGCUUCCACUGUGUCCACCCCUAAAGUGGCAUCACCAAAACAGAACUCAGCAAAAAGUGAAAAUACAGAGGAAACCAAGACCUCAAAACCAUCAAGAGCAGCGACUUCAACCCCUAAAGCUGCGAGUUCUUCUGAUAGUGGAAAUGAGGGAAAAAAUGCAAAAUCUCCAUCAUUGAAGGUCAAAUUAUCUACUAAACCAAAAUCAGAAAAAAAACAAACGGCCCAAAAACAGGUAGCACCUGUUAGUGAAGAAUCGUCACCAAUGGUUGGUAAGAAAGCACCUCAACGAAAAUCAAACAAGUGGUCCCAAAAUUCUGGUAGCAGCGGUGAUACGACCAACAAACCGUGUCAGCCUUGUUCUAUAAGAUGCCCAGGGGUCCAAGGUUUUGUGCCAACGUUGCAAUGUCGGUUAUGUCUAUGUUUGUACCAUAAUGAAUGUGUGGGUAUGCUACCUAACAUCAAUAUACCCAAUUAUAUAUGCAAGAAUUGCCAGCUUGAACAGGGGGGUCAAAAUAUGUCCACCGGUAUAGCGCCGCCACCUCUCACGCCAAUCACAGCCCUGCAAUCUGUCACCACACAAUCUACAGCAUUGCCAAAGCUGCAGAGAAUUCCCAAAAGUCCGGAGGGUGAAUUGAAUCAGCCACCAGACGCUGUCGACGAUCACGUCGACAAAGUAGUGCAAAGUAGCGAAAACUCGAGUAUUCUCGGACACGUAACAUCAUGGCUACCUCAAAAUUCUAGAAUAGAGGUCGACAAUCAACAAAGGAGUGUUAGCGAAACUGCCGGACCUGCUAGACCCCAAUACGUUGAAUAUUUGGCAGGCAGAAAAUUCUUAAUCAUACCUAAGUACAAUGUUGUAUCCGUUUCUCCCACUGUUGGAGCUAGAACUUCCCAACCUCCUCAAAUACAAGAAACCGUUGAUCUGAUACCGGGCCAAACGGCCGACGUUGCUGCAACAGUUAAAAGCGAGCCUGUAUCCCCCUCAAAACCUGAAAAUUCCCAAACCUCCGAAUCUGCCCAUCCUAUUAUCGAGCAUAUGGAAAUCGAAGAUGAAGAUGUUAAACCAGUAGUUCAAAACAUAGAUUUAUGUUCAAGUGAUCCACAUCUAACCAGCGAAUCGCCGAUAAAAACCAAUGCAACGUCAAAAAAGAAGACCAUCAAACUUAACAACAUCACAAAUCAAUCUAAUGAGAAAACUGCAGAAUCUCAGUUUAUGGGAAACUAUCUGCAGAAUUUAUCAUACGGUUAUAAUACUCUUCUGCAUGUGUUCCAGUAUCUGAAAGUUCAGGAUUUACUUCGAGCUGGCUGUGUUUGUACUAUGUGGAGAGAUAUUGCCAGCCAUCCUUCAUUGUGGCGCACUGUCAGAAUGAAAAAUUCUCAGGUGCAUUCAUUUGAAGGAUUAGCGAAUACUUUACAGAAGCAUGGAACUGUGCAGUUGGAUUUACGAAAGAUGCUUUUGACGAAUUGCGAUGACAUAUGGCCUGAAUUUUCAAGCAGCAUUGGAAAGGUUGACACUUUGAGAAAAAUUGAACUAUGUAGGUGCCCGGCAUCGGUGGUGGAAAAACUGACCGAAAGUAAUCCUAAAUUAGAAGUUGUGAAUGCCGUUACCAUCAGAUGUGAAACUAUGGAUUUAGAGGGCCUAGAGAAUUGGGAAAAUCUUCGCGAAUUGCGCCUCAAAUCAACUACUGGAUUAACGUUGAAGUCCGAUAUAGAUUCUCUAAAAUCGUUGAUAAAUCUUAAAAUUUUAUCGUUAACUUCUAUUAGAGAUUUAAAUACCAUGAAAUUGGAAGUAAUUGCCGAGCUCAUAAACUUGGAAAGUUUAGAUUUAGGCGAAUGUACCGAUUUUCCAGAGAAUUUUGGUAAGGAUAUCCUAUCAAAACUUACCAAACUUGAAAAGUUGAGGUUAGAAAAGGGUCAAGGUAAUUGUCAUACUUUUGAGAUAUUCGACGCAGUCAAGGAUAUGAAACAUCUUGAACAAUUAGAACUUGUCAAUUUUGAUAUCAAGACAGGUUUUGACAAAGCUCUUGGCGCAUGUAAAAAUAUCAAGAAAUUGCUUAUCAUUCCCACCUAUAUCUCCCAGAGUGCUACUACAAAUCACAUGGUCCUAGGUGGGGUACUGAGGUUGCAGAAAUCGCUCUCGCAUUUUGUAUGGGGUGUUACUUUGGAGUUGUUGCGUGUAACAGAGUUAUUCGUUGAUCAGUGCGAGGAACCUGAAAAAAAAGAAAAGAAGGAAAAGAAAGUUAUCGGUAAUGGCGACAGCAUUCCCGUUCUGAAACCUGUUCCUCUUAUUUCUGAUGAUAGCAGCGAGAUUCCUCCUGCUCUGGAUCCUCCGCAAGUUGAGAUAUUGGCGCUACCCGGACUCCAAAAGUUAUUGUUACAAAGCUUACCAUCUACUAGGGUUAAAAUCCUGAAAAUACCUUUCCAUGCAACAUGGAGACAAACAAUCACUGAUGCUGUGAAUUGAAUAUCAUCCAAGAAUUCUCCCUAGUAAACUUUAUUUCUCUCAUUUGACGAAGAUAGAAUGUCUGGUAAAAUAUCAUUUCAAGCAUAUAAAUAAUUUAUGUUUGGAGUGAAAUCUUCAAGAAGAAAUAAAAUAUUCUGUACAAACUACGGGAUCUAAUAACUGCAACAAAUAUUUCCAUAGAGUGAAAAAUAUUGUCAAUUUUAAGUGCAACAACUACCUUGCAAUAACAUCAUAAAAUUUUUAUUUAUUUUUACUAAAUGUAACUCAACUUCACACAAUUUUACAGAUAAAGUAUGAUAUUCAGUUGACCCUUUUUUCUGACAUUAAUUUGAUCUUAUGAAAUUUUUGAGUAUAUUAAUCAUUAAGAUAUAAAUAUUAUGUAUAGUUACAAACCAAAAUUGAUGUCUUGUACAAAUUUAUUAGUUUUAGUAGUAGGAAUAUGAGAGGUUCAUGAGAUAAAGCAUAUUUUUUUUUCAGUUUGAAUGUAACAUAAUUAUGAAUCAAUGUUGUAAUUAUAUUUUUUCGAGUGUAUUUUUUAAAUCGAGAAACAUUGAUAAUUUUUUGUGGUUAUUUGAGUUAUAAUAAUGUUGUAGUUAUAUUUACAGACUUUAAAUUAUGAAUUUUUUAAAUAUAAAAAACUUCAAUGAA